CGUCAGGGCUGCCGGGCUGAGCGAAUGCAGCGCCGUGAGAGCUGGGAGCGAUUUAAAACGCCUUGGAUUCCCGGGGCCUGGGUGGGGAGAGACGGCUGGGUGCCCCCCGGAUCCCCCCGCCCCAGCGCCCCAUGAGCGGACCCUCGGCCCCAUGGAGCCCGGCGACUACGCCACCCUGGACGGGGCCAAGGACCUGGAAGGCUUGUCGGUAGUGGGAGGGGGUCGGAAUCUCGUGGCCCCGUCGCCGCUGGCCACCCACCCGGCCGCGGCGCCUCCGCUGAUGCCCGCUGUCAGCUACGCGCCGCUGGAUCUGCCGGGCCCCGCGGAACCGCCGAAGCAGUGCCACCCUUGCCCCGGGGUGCCCCAGGGGGCGGCCCCGGCUCCGGUGCCUUACGGCUACUUUGGAGGCGGGUACUACUCCUGCCGGGUGGCCCGGAGCUCGCUGAAACCCUGUGCCCAGGCGGCCACCCUCGCUGCCUACCCCGCGGAGACGGCCACGGCCGGGGAGGAGUACCCCAGCCGACCCACCGAGUUUGCCUUCUAUCCUGGGUACCCGGGACCCUACCAGCCAAUGGCCAGUUACCUGGAUGUGUCGGUGGUGCAGACUCUGGGAGCCCCCGGGGAGCCUCGCCACGACUCCCUGCUGCCUGUGGACAGUUACCAGCCCUGGGCCCUCACCGGUGGCUGGAACGGCCAGAUGUGUUGCCAGGGGGAGCAGAACCCACCCAGUGCCUUCUGGAAGGCAGCAUUUGCAGAGUCAGGCACACAGCACCCUCCUGAUGGUUGUGCCUUCCGACGUGGCCGUAAGAAGCGCAUUCCUUACAGCAAGGGGCAGUUGCGGGAGCUGGAGCGCGAGUAUUCAGCUAACAAGUUCAUCACCAAGGACAAGAGGCGUAAGAUCUCUGCGGCCACCAGCCUUUCAGAGCGCCAGAUCACCAUCUGGUUUCAGAACCGCCGGGUUAAGGAGAAGAAAGUCCUUGCCAAGGUCAAGACCAGCACUACUCUGUGAGGGAGAUCCCUGGCUGGGGGAGUGGGGGAGAAAUGGAAGUAUCCUAGGGAAACCAGGAGCCUGCCAGCGCCAGGCUGGAGCGCAGGACUCUGCCGAGGGGCUCCCAGAGGUUGCACUCUUCCCAGGCCACAGCUCCUGGGCUGUUCCUCAGGGAUGGCCUGGGUGCCCCCAUAUGUUUUAGGGAGCCAGUGAGGCCCAGAGUUACAGUCCAAUCCACCAGAGCCACAUACCACCCACAGGACCUGUCGCCAGUCACAAUCAUUCAUCCUGGUAGUGGUAAUAGUCACCAUAACCAGUAUGAGUUGCCAUGAUAAUUAGUUUCAAAUUUUUAUCUAGAGCUCUGAAGAGCACUUGAGAAACUGCUUGCAUGGAUUGAACUGAUAAUGAAUAAACUUGGAGGGAGACCCAAGGCAGGGAAGCUUCCUUUGCAUCCACAUCCAUUUCCAAAUCCUGUCCCCCACCCCAGUGAUUGCAGCAGAUAGGAGAAAAGGCAGAUUCACUCCUGUGACUACCAUUGCUCAUUUGGCAUUUUUCUAAGAUGACCCCUGGGCAGGAUGGACAACACUGGGGGGUACCUCUCCCUCCCUCCCUGCCCACACCCUGGGUUGUAUGCUGAGGUCUCAGAAAUCCCAUCCUUAACUCUUAGAUUUUGUCCUUGUGUGAAAAUGAAGCCAGUGAACUGCCCUCCUGAGUCCUCCUGCCUCCAGAAAAACUGAGUUUGAGAAAGCUCCUGGAUAAUUCAUCAUCUCUCAUUUCCUCCCCUAAACUUUCCAAGUCUUCCCUUAACAAUCCUGGUGGUUCUGUCCAGGUUAUAGUUCAUUGGGGCAUUUGGGAGUUGCAUGAAAUAGGUAUUUGUGGCCUUGUAGACGUGCCCCUCCCAGGCACAAAUAGUUACAGAACUAGGGAGUAGAACGCUACCCUAUUGGCAGGCACAUCACAAACACGCUGGAAUAGCCAGGCUGGAAAGAAAACCAGAAAAUGGCCCUUCACCACCCAUUCUCCCUCUGCUUUGCUUCUACUUGACAUCAGGAGAAGUUGUGGGUCCCAAGCCUGGGAGAUGGGUCAGGCCCCUUUGUGAGUGAAAAAACAGUGGGUGGCAGAAGCGCAAAGACCCAGGUGAGGCGUCUUAGGCAAGAGUGGCUGCAGAUCUCUUUCCUUUUCACUUUGUGCUGGUUUGGUCCAACUACCCUGAAUCCUGGGUAGGUAGAGGAUCAUGUUGGCACCAACUCUCUUUUCUCCAUCCACAUAGACAGAGACUGAACGUGUGGAAUUGUAGACACCUGGGGCAGACAUGCUGUUCACAGAGCUGCAGAACCCAGGACCCUGACACGGAGCCUUGGUCUCUGUGAGGGCUCCCUCAUGUCACGUACCUGGGCCCACUGCCCUGUGGGAUUCACCACCUUGGCUGCACCGGCCAAGUCAGCGGGUUGGCCCUGGAUCUUCCUUUGCCUGGGCCGACACACUCCCUGUGAUCCAGAGCCCAGGCUCGAAGUGGAGAGGACCUGUACAACCCAAGAUCCCAGACACCGCCAGGAGCAGCUGGUGAGGCCGGCGGUGACUGUCUCAAUGGUGUCUCAGAGCUGGCUCAGCCUCCUAGUUCUCCAGGAAGCCCUGUGUAGCCAAGGCACGUUUACAACCCCUGCUGUCAGGUGGGAUUCUAGUCCUGGCUCCUUUCCUGGGAAUGAGUUGAGAAGCAACUCAGAUUCUCCUUAAUCUAUUUACCAAAGAGGAACCCAGGGCCAAAGGGGAAAGGCUCCAGAGGUGGCCGUCACCCUCCCCUGUUGGGACUCCUUGACUGUGUCUGCUUAAGGGAGAAGAGGGGAGGUGUCAAUUUUGUUUUGUUUUGUUUUGUUUUUUUCAAUUUUGUGAUUAAAAGACAAAACAAAACAAACCCUUCCAAACACCCGGGUCCCGUUUAAGCUCCUUGAUAAAGCACCCGGCUCAGAGGAAGUUACUUCCUGCUUUUCAUUCUCUUCUAAGCAAAGUCUCAAGCGAGUAGCUUUUAACUUCAGGGGUCCUCAAGGAUAGUGUGUGCGGACCCCUCCCUCGCUGCUUCAGAAGUGGCCAGACUUCAGUGCACAUAGGGAUGUGGGCAGGGUGCGGGAGAAAUGAAGGGGGCUUUAUGGUGCGGGGUCCCCUUCCAGAGGAGAGGAAAGACCCCAAAAGGGGCUGACACUUGGACUAAACGAGCCAGCCUAGGUGGAGCCCUCAAAAGGAGUCAGAGACCUCGAGAUCCUGUCCUCCCGGGGCUCUAACUUCUCCGCUACCAGGGACUUAAAGUUUCGUUGUAUUAUUCGUUCGCAAUAAUUUCAGAACGAACCAAAAAUUUGGGAUUUUAGAGAUUUAUUUCGCUACCAAUGUGAGUUUGUGGAUUAUUAAAAAGGCAAGGUCGCCCCCUUCCGGCA